AUGGGAUAAUGAUAGAAUAUGUUCAGAAGAUCAUGCUCUACACAAUGUCCUCAUGGUUACUGCAGAUUCUGAGUCUCACAUCAGUCAUUCUAACAACAAAGGUCGUAGUGGGGUGUCCACCACGCUGUGAGUGUGCCCCUCACAUCAAGUCAGUUGUCUGUCAUCGCAAACGCCUGACUGAGAUUCCUGAAGGUAUUCCAACAGAAACUAAAAUUCUGGACCUCAGCAAAAACAAGUUCAAAAGCAUUAAUGCCGGAGAUCUAGAUCCUUAUCCUUCUCUUGAAGAAGUUGACCUCAGUGAAAAUAUAAUUUCAAUAGUUGAAACUGGAGCUUUUGCCAACUUGUUUAGCUUACGUAGUCUGAGUUUGCGUGCUAACCAGCUAAAGUUAAUUUCUACUGGGGUUUUCUCAAAGUUGGUAAAUCUGACUUGGCUGGAUAUAAGUGAAAACAAAAUAGUAAUUUUACUAGACUUCAUGUUUCAGGACUUAAGAAAUCUGAAAAACCUUGAAGUUGGUGAUAAUGACUUGGUUUAUAUCUCCCCAAAGGCCUUCAGUGGCCUUGUAGGAUUAGAAAGUCUCACCCUUGAAAAAUGCAACCUGACAGCAAUAUCUUCUGAAUCACUGUCCUAUCUCCGGAACCUAAAUGUUCUCAGACUCCGUCACCUUAGCAUAACAUCUAUAGAUGAUCAGAAUUUUAAAAAACUGUAUAAUCUUAAGGAGCUUGAACUAGAUAACUGGCCACUUUUGGAGGACAUUUCUCCCAAAAGUUUUCAAGGUUUAAAUCUGACUUCUCUCUCAAUUACCUACACAAACAUUACUUCUGUUCCUUCGCCUGCCUUUAGGAACUUAGGAUACCUUAUGUUUCUGAACCUUUCCUACAACCCUUUGUGCAUCAUAAAAUCAGGUUCAUUCAAGGACCUUAUAAACCUGAGAGAACUCCACAUUGUAAGUGCUAUGUUGUUAAUUAUAGAACCCCAAGCAUUCUAUGGCAUGAGACAGAUACGUUUACUGAAUGUUUCAAACAAUUCACUGUCUACAUUAGAGGAGAGCUGUUUUCAUUCUGUAAACAGUUUAGAAACUCUCCGCAUAGACAAUAACCCUUUAUCAUGUGAUUGCCGUCUCCUUUGGAUUCUACAACGGCGAAAGACCCUUAACUUUGAUGAUCAGCCACCAGUUUGUGCCUCACCCAUAGAAGACCAGGGCAAAGCUGUGAGUGACUUUUCUGAUUCCAUUCCACUCACCUAUUUCACCUGUCAGAAGCCCAGAAUAAGGAACAAAAAGCACCAACAUAAAACUGUGCUGGAAGGGCAGCCCGUUUCAUUCUUUUGCCAGGCAGCUGGAGAACCAGUACCAGUAAUUGUCUGGGUUUCUCCACAACGCAGAAUGAUUACAAAUAAAAGUGUUGGACGUGCAACAGUACUUCCUGAGGGCACAUUGGAGAUCCGAUUUGCUCAGUUGCAGGACACUGGAACCUACAUUUGUAUUGCAAGUAAUGCUGGAGGAAAUGACACGUACUUUGCUUCUUUGACUGUUAAAGGAUACCCACCAGAUAAACCAUUGGAUGCAAACAGGACUUCAUACCUCAGCCAGUUUAAUGAUACCUACAAUGACACUCAGGUUUUUCUAAAGUUUACUCUAGACCUUAAAACCAUCUUGGUGUCUACAGCCAUGGGGUGCAUCACCUUUCUUGGGGUAGUUCUUUUUUGCUUCUUGCUUCUUUUUGUGUGGAGCAGGGGACGAGGUCAGCAUAAAAAUAAUUUUUCUGUUGAAUACUCCUUCCGGAAGGUAGAUGGCCCCACUACUAGUAGUGGGCAGGGCGGGACAAGAAAGUUUAAUAUGAAGAUGAUUUGACUUCAGUCAUAACAGAAGUUUUUAUUUUUCUUCUUCUGGGACACCUGGUGGCCACAAAACCAAUGCUGAUUGUGGUUUGUAGUUUAAUCCAAGUUUUUCUACUUGCUCUAGACAACUGGGAUUCUUUGAUCACUACUCAUGAAAUGGUAGUUCUGUCCCAGAACCCUUGUGAUGUAGAACAGGUGUUAUCGCUGUCUAACCUUUAAUGGUCAAGCACUGUGAAUCCUUAAAGUGGAAACCACAUUCAGAGUUGCAUAUUUUUUCCUGUGGAAGAUAUUUUCAUGCACCACACAUUAUUCUGAUUUUAUUCAGACUUUACUGGCUUUUGGGGGUGGCUUAACUUCUCGCAUAGUCUUUUUGUUGUAUGAAUUAAGUGGCAAAUUCCAACGAGACAUUUUUGAAGAAAAUAAAAUAGAGAUCAU